AUGCCGCAGCAGCAACAACAACCACAACAUCAAACCCAUCAACAGCUGCAGCAACCUCAACAAAUUCAACAACAACAACAACCUCAACCUCUAAUACAGCACCAAACGCCAGCACCAGCGCCAUCUGCGCACGUGACAACAGGGACAACACUAGCCCCACCAGCAAAUGGUCCAACAGAGCGCAACAUGGCCCCCAAAAAGAAGCGGAAGAAGAGGAAGAAAAAGAAGGCGGCCACUCUAGCAGUAGAAACAAGAGUGACUUCAACCUCGCUUCCCCCUCCCACCUUUACCCCACAACAAACACGACAGCAAUCAACAAAUCAACCCCGAGAACAAUACCAGCGAAGAAAGGCAACAAUCGCCACACCCGCCACACAAACCCCAUAUGUACCAACCACCGUAGAAGAAGCCCUCACGGAGGUAGUGGGAGUAGUCAUCAAAAUCUUGGGUGAUGUUCUAAACGCCAUGACCACGGGGUCCAACCCCCUAACGGCGAUAUUAGGCGCCCUAGCCCAACUGUCAGCCAUUAACAGAGGGCCGGCAACUUAA